AUGCCGUUUCACACCUCAUCUCAUAAUACACGAGGCAGGCCCUCGUUUUCUCUCUUUACCGUCGGUGUCCUUGCGCAGAUUGCUCUUGUUGCUACCAUCUUCUGGGCCUAUACCAACUUUGGCCACCCCCGUGGGUCCACGGCUUUAGCGGACACUGCGGCUCUCACCACAUCACCAAGGCCCAGCGGCUUUACGUUGCGACAUGUCAUAGAUCACGGCGCAGGUCGGCCUGGACCGCGAGCGCGAAGGUUUGAUGUUACUCCUGAACAGUUCGCCGCCGCGGGUCUAGACUCUCGCGUCGGACCAUUUACGAUCAAGACCGCUCCCGUCAAGAUUGAAAGGCCAUCGUACAGCAGCUAUGACGGACAAAUACCCAUGUCCCCGAUUUGGAUGGCUGAAGAUGUUCCGGGUCCGGAUAUCACGGAUAAGGACACUAUUAUCAGUUUUGCGAACAUGUCCGAAGAUGCGUACAAGGUUGGGCGUGAUGAUCCCGGCUGGAUGAAUGUUGAUGACAAGUACAACACAUCGAUUCCUUUUGGUUGGGACGACAGCGGUAUCCGUGGCCAUGUAUUCACCGACGGCACAAACUCGACCAUCAUCCUGGCCGUCAAAGGAACGACUGUGGCCAUGUUUGAAGGCAACGGCACGUCUGUGCACGACAAAGAAAACGACAAUCUCUAUGGCUCCUGCUGCUGUGGCCAAGGCGGCACGUACCUAUGGCGCAAGGUGUGCGACUGCCAGACGGGCACCUACACCUGUGACGACCAAUGUGUUAGGGACGAGCUGCGAAAGCCAAACAGGUAUUAUGAAGCGACUGUCGAGCUUUACGAAGAAGUCAGGAAGCUCUAUCCGGAUGCCAACGUGAUCACAACAGGGCAUAGCUUGGGCGGAGUGCUCGCUUCCUUGAUUGGUCUUCAACAUGGUAUUCCUGCUGUGACAUUUGAGGCAUAUCCCCAAGCCCUGGCUGCGAAACGCCUUGGACUACCAGCAGCUGGAGAUGUUGCUCCACUCCGCAGAGACACGGGCGGUUUUCAUUUUGGGCAUACAGCGGACCCCGUGUAUAUGGGAACCUGCAACGGCGCUACCAGUUUUUGCUCGAUUGGCGGUUACGCAUUCGAGACGCUUUGCCAUACUGGAAGAAAGUGCGCGUAUGACGUGGUCAAAGACUGGGGCUGGAGGCAAAGCACGCAGACGCACAGCCUAAGGUAUGCUAUCGACAAUGUCUACAUGAAGUAUGAAAAGGCGGCCACAUGUCUAGAAGAGGAUGUAGGAUGCGUGGAUUGUUACCUGUGGAAGUUUGAAAACGGCACCCAUACCCAGCCGAUAACGAGCUCAACAGCAACUAGCACCACCCUAUCACGGACGCGGACGGAAACGUGCAAGACUCCAGGAUGGUGGGGGUGCCGGGAUGAGACGACGACUACCAUGGUGUCGACAACCUCCAGCUCAUCGACCUCGACAAGCACAACAACUUGCCACACUCCCGGAUGGUUUGGCUGCAAAGAUGUUACUACAACUACUGCGACUGGUCCAGUUACUACGACAUCAAGCGAGCCAAGCACAACGACAACGUGUACUUCAAAAGGCUGGUUCGGCAGAUGUCUAGACGACGAUUCAGCAACGACAACGCCAGCCAUGGAGGCGCAUGGCUACUGGCGGACGCCAGCCACGGCGGCUGCGACUCCGACGGCUCCGUAG